AUGGCGCCGAAGAAGCAGAAGAAACAAAUGGGUGCAUCAAUGAAGCCAGACAUGUCACGCAGCGACUCGACGGGCUGGGAAGCCUCACAAGAGCUUCAAAACAGCAGGAUCAACGAGAUGAUGAACAAGGGCUCUGAACGAGUAUGGAUUGCGAGUCUCUCCUUUUCUGAUGGUAAUCUGACGGCUUUCCAGACCAAAGAACGCCGCAACAAGCGCAAGCAAGCCUUCAAGGCCUCGCAAGACGCACAGGUGCAAAGACUGCGGGCGAAGGUCGAGAGUGCGGCGAAGCAGCAUGACGAGAACGUGCGAGCCAUCCAUCGUCCAGGGUUAGAACGUCUUCUCGAACUGGCCCAGAAGAAGCGCAAAAUUGAGAACAGUAUCGCGACGUGCCAGGCCGAACUCGAGCAGGCAUAUCUGUCUGCGGCACGCCAGCUUCAGGUCUCUCUUGAAGGUCGUUUGGAGGAGAUGGACGAAGAAGUUUAG